GUGCCUGUGUCUACCAAGGCUCCUUGCAUGAGAAUAACACAACUUGGAAGCCAGAUUCCUGCCAAGAGUGCUGGUGCCAGAGUAGUAUUGUCACCUGUGAGCCUGCUGUCUGCAAACCCCCCCAGUGUGACUUCCAGAAGGGAGAAGUGCUCCAAAUAGCCUCCAACAAGUGCUGCCCUGAGUGUGCCUCCCGAGCCGAAGGAUUCUGCCAGCAUGAAGGACAGAUCCACAGUCACGGCACGCAGUGGGACAGCUCGGGAUGUGUCCAGUGCUCCUGUGCCCAUGGGAAGGUGAGCUGCACCCCCAGGAGCUGCCCAGCCCUGCCCUGUGGACAAGGAGAGCUGCAGUACACUGUUGAGGGCUCCUGCUGUCCCCAGUGUGUGGGCCGUGGUGAGCCUUGCUCCUUCGAUGGCCACGUGUUCCAGGACGGGGAGGGCUGGCGCCUCGGUCGCUGCUCCAGAUGUGUCUGCAGGGAUGGCACUGCUCAGUGCUCCACAGCCUCCUGCCAACCUCUGCUCUGCAGCCAGGAUGAAGUUCUGGCUCUGCCUCCUGGAAGAUGCUGCCCAGAGUGUGUCCCCCAGCCCUGCUCGGUGUCAGGAACAGUGUACCAGCAUGGGGAACAGUGGAAGAAAACUGCCUGCACUGUUUGUGCAUGUCACAGAGGGGAAGUCAAGUGUCGGAGGGAGAGCUGUGGCUCUGUUACCUGUGAGAAGGGGGAGAAGCAAGUGCAGCGUCCUGGGCAGUGCUGUGAGCAGUGUGUGUCAUCCAGAGGGAGCUGCUUGCAUGGUGGCACCAUCAGGUACCACGGGGAGAUGUGGAACAGCACCCACUGUGACUUCUGCAUGUGUGAUGAAGGCCAAGUCACCUGCCAGCAUGCAGAGUGUGCCAAAGUGGAGUGUGCCAAGGGGGAAAAAUUAAUUCACUUAGAGGGGAAGUGCUGUCCUGAAUGUAUCUCCAGUCAGAGUCACUGUGUUUACAAAGGACAUACCAAAGCUGAUGGAGAGACGUGGGUGGAAGGACCGUGCCGAGAGUGCGAGUGCCACGACGCGGAGGUGACCUGUUUCCAGCGCUCCUGCCCGCCCUGCCCGCCGGGCAGCACGGCUCUGCAGCUCCAGGGGCACUGCUGUCCCCACUGCCAGCCAGGUGAGUGCCACCCAGACUGUGUGAGCUGCUCUCAGGGCCCUGAUCAUUGUGACUCCUGCCACGACCCGAAGAAGCUGCUGCAGAGUGGGCACUGUGUGGAGAUGUGUGCCCUGGGCUUCUACCAGGAUGGGGACACCUGCCUAGCCUGCAAUGAGACCUGCUCAGCCUGUACCAGUGGGUUCGAGUGCUCCGCGUGCCAGGCGUCCCUGCUGCUGAAGGAUGGGCAGUGUGUGACCUCCUGUGGGAAGGGAUACUUCCAGGAUCAGCUCAUCUGCACAGCUUGUCACUGGUCCUGCUCCUCGUGCUGGGGAGCUGCUGAGAGCCACUGCCUGUCCUGCAGGGACCCAGCACUCGUGCUGCAGGCAGGGCUGUGCCUGGCCAGCUGCAGACAGGGCUUUUACCCCAAGGACGGAAUCUGCACUGCCUGUGACCAGUCCUGUGAAACAUGCUCUCCAGAGCCAGCCAGGUGUGUGACCUGUGCCUCAGGUAAGCUGUUACAUGAUGGGAAGUGCAUGUCAGAGUGCCCAGAUGGAUAUUUCCCGAGCAGCAGUGGACGAUGCAGAGCUUGUCACGCUUCGUGCUCCACAUGUCAGGGACCUCUGGCUACUCACUGCACCUCCUGUUCCUUUCCUCUGGCACUGCACCAGGGCCAGUGCCUGCAGAGCUGUGGAGAAGGAUUUUACCAGGAUCACAACAUCUGCAAGGGUUGCCACCCGUCGUGCCGUGCAUGCUCUGGCCCCGGGGCCAUGCAGUGCCUGCAGUGCAGCUCUCCUGAGGAUGUCCUGCAGCCUCGGCCGCCCAGGGAAGGAGCUCUGCACGGCCUCUGCCUCCCUCACUGCCAAGCCCAGUUCUAUGUGGACAGCACAGGAGUGUGCAGAGCCUGUCACCCAUCCUGCAAGACAUGCCAUGGCCCCUCUGACUGGGAGUGCCUGACCUGCCAUCCCCAUGCCACUCUGGCUCGUGGCAAGUGCAGGACUAGCUGCAAGGAAGAGCAGUACCUCAACCUGGUGGGAUAUUGUGUGGACUGCCACCCUUUGUGCCAUCAGUGUGUGGCCAACCUGAGGGACACUGGCAGCAUCUGCCUCAAGUGCCAGAACGCCCGGCACCUGCUCCUGGGGGAUCACUGCCUUCCUGAGUGCCCAGCGGGAUACUACCCGGAGAAUGGUGCCUGCCAAA